AUGUAUGAAGAACGACGUGGAACCCCGUUUCAAUUGUGCUUCCUCCCUACCCAAAUGCAGGUGGGAGUGGAGAAGUAUGGUUAUAGUCCUGAAAAGUUAUUAAAUAAUUAUCAUUCUAGCUUCUUGCGUAAUGCUUAUGGAUCCAAGAAGGUCUAUCUACCAUUGAAUGAUGGCACUCAUUGGUAUUUGGCAGUGGUAUUGACAGAAUCAAAACAAGUACAUCUGGUUGACUCAUCACCUGUGACAGACCGCAAUGGAAAUCGUACAAAAGUUGUAGGACGCAUGCUAUACUCUGAGCUAGAGAAGAUGAGUGAAGUGCCAAACAACCGCAAUUUUCAGUUGAUCAUUCCUGAUAAGGUUCCUAUACAAGAAAACGGAUUUGAUUGUGGCAUGUGGGUUUGCUUAUGGAUGAUGUACUCAGAUGCCAUAAUGGAUACUGUGUUGGGGUAA